ACAGAGGGCCAUUGCUUCGAUGCAUGGCAGCAAUAGGUAAUCCAUGGAGGAAUGACUUGCAGAUAGAAGUCGUGAUUCGGUGACUGGACGCCCGAGGGAAGCAUAUAAGGAGCUGGACGGGCAGAUCUCCGAGUCCACCAUCGGCGGCUGAGACACCUCUUCGAAGCGCCCUCCAAACCAUACAGCUCUGCUCGGCUUACCUCGCAUUCUACGAUGCUCUUCGUCAUUCUCUUUGCGCUUCUCGCGCCCCUCCUCCGCGCCCAGGAGCUCACCAUCCGCAACUACUGCGACUACACGGUCUACGCCUGGCAUAAUGGCGGCGACAUCGCGAGCCUCGGCCCCGUCCAGCCGAACCAAUACACGCAAGCGUACCUCGUUCCCGACCCUGUGACCGGAGGCAAGGACAUUGUCCUCAGCGCCAACCCCAACGGCCUGUACGACGGCUCGCCGACCCUGCAUUUUAACUACAACAAACCAGGCGCGGAUCUGUGGUAUUCGAUGGUCAAUCUCAACGGAGCGCCGUUCGGUGGACACAGUGUGUCGGUCAUGGGACAGGGCUGUCCGAAUAUUCUUUGGCCAGCUGGCGUGGGGCAGAGCGGGACCUUGUUCUGCCCGGCAUUCCAGUGGUUGGAGAUGUAUCUUUGUCAAAACUUACGGGAGGCGGAGGCCCAGACGGACGGAAUGGUUGCCAGAGCUUUCGAAGGAUGAUCGAGAAGGAUGGGAGUAGGACGCAAGGCGCGAGAAGAGGAGUUGCUGAUGG